UAACGUACCCGUUGGUUAGAAAAGUAUUCUCCAUUAUCAAAGCCCUCGUCAAAGUUAUCCUCUUCGAGCAAUAAUAUUCUCAUCCGAUCAUCUUCACAAUCAUCAUCAUCAUCAUCGUUCUUCAUUCAAUCACACACACACAGAUUCGGUGAAUAUUAGUUGCUGAUAAAGCAGAGAGAAAAAGAUGUGGGCAGCUGGUUGCCUGGCUUCUUGCUGUGCAUCAUGUGCUUGCAGUGCAUGCCAAUCAGUGGUUUCCGGGAUUAGUCGUCGGUCUGCUCGUAUUGCGUAUUGUGGACUUUUUGCUCUUUCUUUGAUUGUGGCAUGGAUACUUAGAGAAGUUGCUGCACCACUCAUGGAAAAGAUCCCAUGGAUUAAUCAUUUCUAUGAAACGCCCGAUAGAGAGUGGUUUGAGACCGACGCUGUUUUGCGAGUUAGUUUGGGGAAUUUCUUGUUUUUCUCAAUUUUAGCUCUUUUAAUGGUUGGUGUGAAAAAUCAGAGGGACCCACGCGAUAGUUUGCAUCAUGGUGGAUGGAUGAUGAAAGUCAUUUGCUGGUGUCUUUUGGUAAUCCUUAUGUUUUUCCUUCCAAAUGGGGUCAUCAGUUUUUACGAGUCAACAUCGAAGUUCGGCUCAGGAUUAUUUCUUCUCGUUCAAGUUGUACUCUUGUUGGACUUUGUUCAUAGCUGGAAUGACAAAUGGGUUGGAUAUGAUGAACAGUUCUGGUAUGCAGCCUUGCUUGUUGUUUCACUCGUAUGUUAUGUGGCCACAUUCUCGUUCUCUGGACUUCUUUUCUAUUUGUUUACCCCAUCGGGACAUGACUGCGGGCUCAAUACUUUCUUUAUUGUGAUGAUCCUGAUUCUUGUGUUUGUGUUUGCUGUCAUCACUUUACAUCCUAAAGUAAGUGGAAGCAUUCUGCCCGCCUCUGUUAUUUCGUUGUACUGCAUGUACCUUUGCUAUAGCGGGCUUGCAAGUGAACCAAGAGAUUAUGCUUGCAACGGGCUCCACAAUCAUUCUAAAGCUGUUAGCACCGGCACACUUACUAUCGGGUUGCUCACAACUGUGCUCUCUGUCGUUUACUCUGCUGUUCGGGCCGGAUCUUCUACGACUCUGCUUUCCCCUCCAAGCUCACCUCGUGCAGGUGGUGAGAAGCCUUUGCUUCCAUUGGACAAAAGAGAUGAGCAUGAAGAGAAAGAGAAAAACAAGCCUGUUACAUAUUCAUAUUCUUUCUUCCACAUCAUCUUCUCACUUGCUAGCAUGUACUCUGCAAUGCUUUUAACUGGGUGGUCAACUUCGGUUGGGGAGAGCGGCAGGUUGGUGGACGUUGGGUGGCCCUCGGUGUGGGUCCGGAUGUUGACCUCGUGGGCCACCGCCGGUUUGUUCAUCUGGUCAAUGGUUGCACCUCACCUCUUUCCUGAUAGGGAGUUCUGAGCCGUAGUAAAUAAAUGUUGAAAAUGUCAUCAAGUUUGUAAUCUUCUGUUUAACUGAAUCAAAUGUGUGAAUCAUGAUGUGGUUUUUUCUUUUUAAUUUCCUUUGGGUGUGAAUAAAUUUAAAAAAUGUGUAAUGAAAUUGUCACUAUUUUGUCCAGAAGUUCUAUUUAUUAUUAUUA